AUGGAACGCAGGUGGAACGCAAACACGGAAGUAAGAGGAAAGUCAAGCAUUGCCCCAGAGGCCGAUGGGACCGGAAGUUUAUAUAUUUGUUUAUCCACACGGGGGCGCUCUGACCCAGAACACCUGAGCAGAGCCAAACUGGAACGCAAACCGGAAGUGCUCUGGGGUGAGUGUCAGGAAGGGAAGCGGAGAGCCCGGGCCCUGCAGUGUGUGGAGGGCUGUUUUAUUUUCCUUAAUGCCAGAAACAUGCCCUAUCCGCCGCAAUACGCAGGGGCAGUGAGUAUUUAGUAUUUACUGAUAUCACACUGUAUGGGACUGUGUAACAUUCUAUUUAUUAAUAUCAGCAUGUUUGGGGCUGGGUUUAAAUACACGGCAGCCCGUGUUUAGGAUAAACUAAAGUACUUGUUCUUUAAAUAGUCUGUGUACUCAGUGCUUUACUAUAAGAGGGUAUCAUUCCUCCUGGUCACCCCUAAUGUACCCUGAAAAUACCCUCCAUUCUUUAUAUGGAAUGUACCCUGAAAAUACCCUCCAUUCUUUAUAUGGAAUGUACCCUGAAAAUACCCUCCAUUCUUUAUAUGGAAUGUACCCUGAAAAUACCCUCCAUUCUUUAUAUGGAAUGUGCCCUGAAAAUACCCUCCAUUCUUCAUAUGGAAUGUACCCUGAAAAUACCCUCCAUUCUUUAUAUGGAAUGUACCCUGAAAAUACCCUCCAUUCUUUAUAUGGAAUGUACCCUGAAAAUACCCUCCAUUCUUUAUAUGGAAUGUACCCUGAAAAUACCCUCCAUUCUUUAUAUGGAAUGUCCCCUGAAAAUACCCUCCAUUCUUUAUAUGGAAUGUCCCCUGAAAAUACCCUCCAUUCUUUAUAUGGAAUGUCCCCUGAAAACACCCUCCAUUCUUUAUAUGGAAUGUCCCCUGAAAACACCCUCCAUUCUUUAUAUGGAAUGUACCCUGAAAACACCCUCCAUUCUUUAUAUGGAAUGUACCCUGAAAAUACCCUCCAUUCUUUAUAUGGAAUGUGCCCUGAAAAUACCCUCCAUUCUUUAUAUGGAAUGUACCCUGCCAAUACCCUCCAUUCUUUAUAUGGAAUGUACCCUGAAAAUACCCUCCAUUCUUUAUAUGGAAUGUACCCUGAAAAUACCCUCCAUUCUUUAUAUGGAAUGUACCCUGAAAAUACCCUCCAUUCUUUAUAUGAAAAUAAUAUAUGUACCCUGCCAAUACCCUCCAUUCUUUAUAUGUAAUGUACCUUCCAAUAUCCUCCAUUCUUUAUAUGGAAUGUUCCCCUGUCAUUGCCCUCCUCUAUCUGAGUGAUAUUCAACCAGUCCAAACCAAGGCUGGUGAAUGAUAACCUCUGAAUGGACAUCAUUACAUAUACAAAGAUGCUACAAAAAAGUAACAAUUAUCUGCACAUUAGCUCCUCGUAUUUUCUGCCUCUUUGCUGAAUCUAUGGGACAGUACAUGCUGUAAUCCAUUCCCAAAUCACUCCUGUUCACAAACAGAAAGCAUGGCACCCACUGAUGUACAUUUUAUCUGAGACUGAUAUUUCGUUAUUUAAGAUGCACUUGUUAUGACAGUUGUUCAUAUCACUUUAUAGGGCAUAGCAUUUGAUCACAUUGUGCUGGACAAAUAAAGGUAUAUUUGAAAAUGUAUUUAAAGGAACACUGUACACACGUAAAUCAUUUAAGCUUCCUGAAGUGCUUUAUGUGUCUGGAGCCAAUCACAUUUGUGACAAUUUAUAAAAAUGCAGAUUUAAAUAGAAUUCAGCACUUUAGAAUUAGGGGCAGGAACACCUGCCUGAUUGUAAAUCAAAAAGCCAGUGAGGUGUCCUUCGGCUAGCUCCAUGGAGCUAAUAAAAGUGGCAGGUUUGCUGUGCUAGCAGGUACCUGCCUUUGCUACUGCUCACUGAGAAGCAUUGGAAAGUGUUCACACGUACUUGCGGCUCCAGCACAGAGCCUUCUCAAUGGGGACCCUCUAGUUGAAGUAUUCCCCAGCACAGACUGAAGAAAAGGAGAGGGCUUGCAAGGGAUCUAUUUUUAGAUAUACUCCUUCCACAAUUAAAAAAAAUACAUAAAUAAAUGCAUGCAUGUUUCACUGGGGGUAUAUCUAAUAAAUAGUAAUUUAAAAAAUAUUAGGUGGCAAUGGAGGUGUGACGAGAGCAAUCUCGCCACAUUGCAUUGGAGAAGCCUGGUUGCUUGCCUGUUGCCUUUGUAUUAUGGCCCCAUGUUAAAAGGCUUGAUUUUCCCCUGCAAAGACAAGAAAGCUGGGUCAUUUGGUGCUUGCCCUGUUUGAGCAGUGAUACCCCAGAUAGCUAUGCCAUGGAGCCCAUUCGUAUAAUGAAAGACUAUGGGAAAGACUUUGGCUCCAUGGCAAUUGAACUGUAUGUGUGUGCUCUGAGCGCCAUUCAGUAAUAAUGUGCGCUCAGUGCUAAGCUAUCUGGGCAUAUGUUGCAUGUCUGUAUUUUAUGUCAUAAAUGUAACCUUGUGUAUUUUAUUGUAUUUUACUGUCUUUUUGCUGCCAUGUGUUCAUUGGAGUUUUGCCUCUGUCUUUGGAGAUAAUUGGAUUACUUCUAAUUAUCUCCAGGAUAGAAGACUCUGUGGAACUGGUUUUGGGCAGAAAAGCCAUGCUUCCUGUGGUCACAAAGGACUACGAUCUAUCUUUUGAACCACUGGACCAAUUGGUAUGAUUUUGACGUAUGUUUGUAUUUGGAGUAUGCUGAUUCUGAAAAUGUGUGUAUGUGAAUGUGAUGCAUACUUUUCAAGUUAUGAAUAAUGUGGAAAAAUUUUAUUUCUCUGUUUGUGCUAAAUUACAUUACCCAUUGUGUAAGGUAAUUGAAUCACUUGCAGAGGGGAGGAAUUUGUGUGGGAGUGUCUGAGUGUAUUGUAUGUGUUUAUUGGUUGUGUUCCAAAACCCUGUGGGUGGUACUAAUGUUUAAGAAUGUGUACAUAAGCACAAUAAACCCACAGCUCUGUCUGUUCAAUGCUUGACCCUCAACACGGAGCUUUGUCUCGUUCUUGGGGGGAUUUAUUGUAUGCUGUUCCAGUUCGACUGCUAGGAGUGUAAACCUAUUUGUAUGUUUUUUCCUAUUCGGAUGUUUCGAUCGCCUAAACGGUUUUUACCCCUUGUGUGCAAAACGGUCCGUUACAGGAGGGUUCUGUUUUUUUUUUGGUUAUCUAAGAGGAGAAUUGGAUUGGACCAUCACCUUAGGAGGCCAUGCCUCCUUCCUGAUGUCGCAGGAAGUGGAAAGGCGAGCAACAUAGAGGGUAUCCUGGCUUUAGAAAAAGGCGAUUUUUAAACACUUUGUUUCGUUUUGUUUUUUUAAAUAUGGAGGGCAGCUGUAUCUAACUAGGAACAUGGGGCCCGAUAGUGUUAGGAAUACAAACUCGUUUUCCUGACACUAUAGGGUUAAUAGGUUAAAACCCCUUUAUCCACUUACCUUAAUCCAGUGGCUGGCUCCAUCAGAGCUGGUGACCUCUCCUCCCCCUGCCGACUUCAGCUCCCGAGUGGAGCCGAAUGCACGUGCAACCACAGCCACGGGCGCAUUCAAUCCCGUCCAUAGGAAAGCAUUACUCAAGGCUUUCCUAUGGGGAUCUGAAAUGACUCUGGAUUCCGUGAGGACGUCCAGAGUCAUCUCAGUGCGAUUUUCUCACUGAGAAUUGCGGAAGCUAUAUUUUCAGCUGCAGGCUUAAAACUAGGGGGACCUUCAUUGAGCCGAAGUGGCCUGGGUGCCUAUAGUGGUCCUUUAAAUAUAUCCAUUCAAUGGUGAUUUUAAUAGGUGAACCUGGCAUCCACACAAUAAGUGGAACAGGUCCACUGAAAAACAAAGAAAUGGAAGCUGCCAAAAGUAUCCAUUCAAUGGCUUGAGUGGUCUUAAUUUUAUAAUUAUUUAUUUCUUUUAAGAAUUAAAAGCCAUGUAACUGUGAUAUAAUGGCUCUCUAUAGAGGUUUAGUGAGAAUACUAGUGCCACUACUGUUUCUUUUCCCCUUUCUGUCACUGUAGUUAUCCCUCUUUUUAUUGUGUAAGGUUCCUGAAUAUUAGUCACGUUCAUUUUUUAUUAUUUUUCUCUUUUAUCUCAUUGCUGGCCCUCAUUUCUGCUUGUCUUCUCAUUGUGUCUAUUCUAUUUACUGUGCAUAUCUCCUGUGCAGUGUAUACCUUGCUUGUGAAGAGUUCAGUGGCCAAAAGAUGAUUUAUUCCACCGUUUUUCCUCCCAAGAGCGUGCACUCUUUUCUUCCAAUAAAUAAAGGCUCUUUACUUGCCUUUCAACCCUUGUCACAACGGUUUCCACACUUUUGCCCUGCCUCCCAGACAAUAUUGAGGAUCUCAGCCUAUCCAAUAUAAUUUCCCAUAGGUGAGGCUAGUGUGCAUGCGCGACAAUCAAAUGCUCUUUAUGUCUCUAUGAACAGUAUUUGAUUUAGAACAGAGCCUGAUUCGGUGCUCAUGAGGUAAGUGCUUCUAGAGCAGGGGUUCUCAACGUUAGUCCUCGGGACCCCCUACCAGUCCAGGGUUUAGGGAUUACCUAGGUGUGUCUAAGGUGUUUAGAAAAAGGGGGAAAAAAACACCUUAGAGUCUAAAGUGUUUUUUUCCCUUUUUCUAAACACCUGAGACACACCCAGGUAAUCCCCAAAUCCUGGACUGGUAGGGUGUCCUGAGGACUGGGUUGAGAACCCCUGUUCUAGAGGUUGUCUGGCAGGCACUCGAAAUUUGUUAACCUUACAAUGAUCGCAUUAUUGUAUGUACUGAACUUCAAUAUUUUAGAUUUUAUUUAAAACUAAAGGACCACUGCACCUCAGACCAUUUUAAAUGGCAUGGCCUGGGUGCCUUCAGUGGCAAUUUUAACCAUUAUUGGUUUUAUCUAUCAGUUACAUGCAAUUGAUUCAGAUGAUUGCUAAUUAUCUUACUAGUGUUUUCCUGUCUAUUUUUAAUUUACUUUUUAAUACAUAGUAUCCAGCUUGA